UACGGAGGAGGGUGUGACUUGUUGGCUCUUUUUUCCGCCUGUAUAAAACGAGAAGUUCGCGUAAAAGAAAAUACAGAUGGAGAAGGCUAGCCGGCUCGCUGUGUCACAGAGAGUCCCCUUAAGCCUACGUGACAACUCACAUACUGUCCCUUUGUGACUAGCUUAAUCGGCAGAAUGCCCGGUCUCUGCGUGCUUUGUCUCGCCGCCGCGCUGGCUGCGUUCACCCGGCUCGCCGGCACCGUGGGGCCGGUGGUCCGAUGCGAGCCGUGCGAUGCCGGGGCGCUCCUGCAGUGCAAGCCGCUGCCGAAGGACUGUGCGGAGCGGGUGAGGGAGCCCGGCUGCGGCUGCUGCAUGACGUGCGCCCUCGGCGAGGGACUGGCGUGUGGAGUGUAUACGGCGCGCUGUGGCUCCGGUUUGACCUGCCAGCACCAGCCGGGGGAGAACCGACCCCUGCAAGCUCUUCUGGAGGGACGGGGAGUGUGCUCCAGGGCCGCGUCCAAAAAGCUCAACAGCAUUCUCAUACCGCCGCAAAAACAAGAGAACGCUGGAAAUCAGGUAGAAGACGGCUUUGCCAACGUGACUGUGGCAAUGACAGUGUUGCCUGGCGUGGCAACCGUGAAGGGUGGGCACAGUCGGGGGUCAAUGGACACCAGGCCUCCACUGCACAACAAGCUGAUCCAGAAAGAUCAGAACAGGAAGACGCAGAGCUACAAGGUGGAAUCAGUGUCAGGAGGAGCCAAUAUGGACAUGCACAACUUCUCCCUGGAGAACAAGAGGGAGACCGAGUAUGGGCCAUGUCGGCGGGAGAUGGAGAGCAUCCUGAGCAGUCUUAAAAUCAGCAACGUGCUCAACCCGAGAGGCUUCCGCAUACCCAACUGUGACAGAAAGGGCUUCUACAAGAAAAAACAGUGCCGUCCAUCCAAAGGCAGGAGGCGGGGGUACUGCUGGUGCGUUGACAAAUACGGGCAACCUCUGCCCGGCUAUGACGGCAGGGAGCGGGGCGAGACACAGUGCUACAACCUGGAGAGCAAAUGAGAAAAUGGAGAAACAACGAGUGGACGGAGAGAGGAAGACAGAAUAAAAAGGGGGGCGGGGGGAGAAGACAGAGAGAGAAAGCCUACUUUGCUCUUGCAUGUAGUUUUAUGUAAACAUUUGAACGGGCUCUGGACCUUUGAUUUCAGGUCCCAUUUCUGUCAGAGAGUUAGGGCGAGAACAAGGGGGAGGGGAGGGGAAAGGGGUGGAGCACAGCCUCAGCGACCGGCCAAGCCUCCUGUCCAUCACAGCUAUCUGUCCUGUGCUUAGGGAACCUUUAUCCUUUCUUUAAAAAAAAACAAUUAAGCUGAAAGCUGAGAGAAUGGGACGAAAGAGAGAAUCCUACCAUCUGCACUAUUCUUUUAGAGAGAGAGGAAGGAGGGACUUUUCCACUCACUUUAAAGAGGACUCAUUUGUGACUGUGACCCGAAAAACCGCACCACCACCAUUUCUAUUGUGUGUGUCUGUCUGUGAGUGUGUAGCCGCGAGUCUGUGUGUGUAUCUUAAUGUGUGAGCACCUGCAUAACAUACGUGUGCACAGCUGCAUGUCUGUGCAGGACGCCGUGCGAGUGAGUGCUUUCCCAAAAGUGUUUAUUUGUGUAAAUACUGUAUGUCACGAAGCUCAGUUUAGCGAUGUCAGACUGCCCGUCCCCAGCCCCUGCUCAAUUAAAAAUGCAGAAAAGAAAAAAAACACUCUCUGGCUCAGGGUCCAUUUUGAAGUGAAGGAUUAUGGGAUGGCAGGUCUUUGACUUUUAUCCAGCACCAAGGGCCCCUUCUUGCUGCCUCUGGGUUGCUCCUUGCUCCUGCUAUUGGGAAGGAAAUGGAGGCAAACCAUGCAGUCUCAGUGCCUUAAAACAGUACUUUCCAUGCCUCCCCUCCCCUUCACCCCCUGUAGUCCUCAAUUAAAGGAGCACUUCACUGAAAAUCGACCUUUUGAGUAUGAGAUACUCAUCUCCCGCAGCUUUGAAAUAUGGCUCUGAAAAAUGUGCUUACACCUUUGUGGUGAACAGCAGCUGUAUUUAACUUGGAUUAACAAUAGCUACAGAAGAUCUGAAGGGUGAUAUUGCAAAAACAGCAUGAAAUCAUCUAAAGAAACUUCUGAAACCACUCCUCCAGCAUAUAAUCCACUCCCUGCAGACAUUCUGAGCCAAGAGGUAGGGAGACUGUGAAAUGAAAAUUGUGUAUUUAGCUAUAUUCUGGAGAAACUAUAUGUGUUUUGAACAGAUCAACAUUGGAGAUUAAGAUGCAAAAUGUGCCAAAAUAAUAGUUGCAAGCCUAUUAGAAAAACAAUCACUUGAACAUACGUCAGCUUCAUAAAAACAACCUAAAAUGACAGAAACCAUUAUAAUUUUUAUUUGACCACUACUUGGAUUUUUGUUUUUUGGCCUGUGUAUUUAGCCAUAUUUUGAAAACAAUAUGAAUGUAUGGAACACACCAGUACAGACAGACAGGGGAAAGGUGGCUUAUGCUUCUGCAGUGGUACGAGAAGUUUCCAUGGACAUUUUAAUACUUUUGUGUGACUCUAGACAGCUGUCAUUCUGAGUGAAAAAAAGCAAUUCCAACCUUUUCUGAGCCUUUUUUAAGCUGACAGGGGGCAAGUAUUUUAAACUCACAGGAUAGAUUCCUGGUGGAGUAUCAUUAUGAGGUGCUCACAUGCCACCCUGGUGUCUUAGGGAUUAGUUUAGUCUAUUGUCUCCUUCCCACCACCUACUGUUUCUGUCCACAUCCGUGUCCCUGUCCCACUGUAACUCUAACCUGCUCUCCUGUGUCCUCAUCCCUGUCCUUGUCUGUCAUGCAGUGCUAAGGUCUUCCAAUCCUACUUGUCUUCACCCUGUCUGAAUCUUUGUCUUUGUCUAUGUGCCUGAUCCCGUCCCCGUCUACAACCCACUAACCCAAGCUGUCAGUUCCCACCCAAGCACCCUGCCCCAUCUCCGGUCCUCUUACUGUCAGUGGUGCAACCUGGUGUAGGCUUGUUUGAACGGGGCGAGCCCGGUGUGACCGCCCGCCCGCCCUGCCGCAGGUGCCAGCUGCCCCUAUGCUUCAAGCUCAAGCACAAGCACUUAAAGCACUUUAGCUGCGCAGCUACUCGUCAAUGCAUGCAGUUAAAGACAAUUGGACCUAUCUGGAUCUGCAUACCUUUCCUCAGAGGUAAUGUCAGAUGAAACAGUGUGAUACUGUAUGAAAACAAUAAUAACCCAGGGAGGAGGGAAAAGAAAAACAGAAAGAACAAGAAAAAAAAAAAAACGAAGCUACACCAGGACUUCUGACAGCAAACUUAGCAAAUACCCCUCAGAAAUUUUCCAUUCAAUGCAAAUAUUUUCUUUUUUGUUGUUGUUGUUUUUGUUUCUUUGAAAAAUGCUUGUAUGAUCGUAUGCCAACAAAUCUCCACAAGGUGGACACAGCACCAAAUAUGCAUUCACACAAGUGGUAGGGGGUCUGAGGGAGGAGGCGGGGUCCUCCCCGAGGAGCUUCCUGCCCGAUGCUCUCCCACAUCCUGUGUAAAGACUUGAAAAGUGGAGAGAGUGCCGACAAAGAAUGCUUGCCCAGUAGCUUGGUAGCAUGAAAUCGGCUGUACACUUCCUUUAAUAGAGAGCAGCAACUUACAACCAACCUGUUGGUGCUAUAUCCCAUCUAUUCAAAGACUUGAUGUACGGGGAGGAACAUACAUACAAAUAUGUUUAAGCUAUUCCCUCCCUAUUAUUUGUAAGUGUGUCUUUUUAUAUAUUAUUAUUAUAAUUAUUAUUAUUAAUAUUAUUAUUAUUAUUAUUAUUAUUUCCUGGCCAGCUAUGUGUCUGACUAGACAUCAUGUACAGUACUUAAAACUAAAAAUUAUUUAUCUAAGAAAGAAUUAUAAGCUGAUCCAAACUAGGUUUUCUUAUGAACAAUUCAGUGACUCACCGAUUGCACAGCAAAGUCUAUUUGAUUCAGUGUAUUUUGGGGAAUAUAAUCACUAAUGAAUGUUUUAUUUUUUAAUGAACCUUUUCCUUCUGUUGCACAGCAGGGUCAUUUGUAAGCUCUGUGCCCAGCAGGCGAGUUUCAGCCUUGGGCCAAAAGAUCUGUGUCAGUCAGGCACUCAGGUCUCUGGUCAUCUUAGUUUACUGCUUCUUAAUGCCAGUGAACCUCUCACCUCUCAGUAAGUCACUUCUCUCCAUGCACACCCAGCCAUCCCGCCUCAGUCUGUUAGUGCAGAGCCAGGGUCACACUUCUGUAAUGUCACUUUUUACUUUUUAUCAUUCUUUUUCCCUGCUGGUCACGUUAAGAAUCUCUCUGUUCACGGGUAAAUGUCUUUUGUUUUUCUUUUCAAGUUUAUCUUUCAAAGAGUUUUUUCUUUUUUGAUUCAAGCUCUUCAUGAUAUAAACUAGAAAUCACACAGCUAUUAUUUUCUCUGAGAAAGGAAAUGAUUUUGAUUCAAAAUAUUAUUUGUAUUUAAUGUCUUUUUUUAAAUAAAAAGUGAACACAUUUUAA